AUGAGCUCUCAGGAUGAGCAGUUCCAAGCAGCAGCCCCUGACCCGGCGGCUUCCUCCGCCGAUGAUGGCAUGACCUGGUGGUACAGGUGGCUCUGCAGGAUUGCCGGGGUCAUCGGGGGCGUGUCCUGUGCCUUCGCUGGCCUCUGGAACUGCGUCACCAUCAACCCCCUGAACAUUGCGGCCGGCGUGUGGAUGAUGCUCAACGCCUUCGUCCUGUUCCUGUGCGAAGCCCCCUUCUGCUGCCAGUUUAUCGAGUUUGCGAACGCUGUCUCUGCGAGGGCGGACAAGCUGCGGCCCUGGCAGAAAGCUGCUUUCUACUGCGGGAUGGCUGUGUUCCCGGUCAUGCUCAGCCUGACGCUGACCACGCUCUUUGGAAAUGCCAUUGCAUUUGCCACCGGGGUGCUUUAUGGCCUGUCGGCGCUCGGCAAAAAGUAA